AUGAGCAACAGUAAGAGCGAGAGCUUUUUGUUUUUCGCUGCUGGUGUUUUGGUGACACUGGUAGCAUCCAAGUUGGUGGAGAGGAAAAGGGAGGAGAAAAAGCAUGCCGGCGCCAGUGUGGAAGGAGAAGACUUGUCUCUGUUUUAUGGGGAUAUUCAAAAACUGACCAAGAUUACCGACAGUCAACGAUUUCUGCCGAGUGAAUUUUACGGUACCAUGGUGAGGACUUGCAUUGUGGUCUGCUGCGAUAUCUGCUUGGUCCGACGCAACCGUACGACCAAGAAACGGGAAUGUUUGCUGGUCAAACGAUCGUCGGAUCCAGCCAAGGGGUUGUGGUGGUGGCCCGGCGGCCGCGUGUUGAAGGGAGAAACCUUCUUUGCAGCUGCGCGACGCAAGGCGAUUCAAGAAACCGGAAUUGACGAUGUCAAAUGCAUACAAUGCCUGGGCGUUUGGAACACUGUCUUUCCCACGUCCAGUUGGGAUACCGAAACCGAAAAAGGAACGCAAACUGUCAAUUCCGUCGUUCUGGUCGAAAUCACCACGGAAUCGGGAGAUGCACCCGUCAAACUCGAUAAUCAAUCCGAACAAUACAAGUGGAUCUCGCUCGAUCCCGAUCAAGCCAUUCAAAAUGGAGAAGACAAGUAUGUUUGGAAACCUCUCCAGAGGCUCAAGGCAUCCAAUCCAACCUACUAUCAUUCUUAG